CGGGAGCGGGCGGGAGGCGGAGCGGCGCCGCGAGGGCCUCAAGGUGACACCCGCCCCCGGCCCCGGCCCCCCCAGCCCGGCCCCUUCAGCCCGCCCUCCCACCCAUCCCCCCAUCUCCGGCCUCCCCCGUGCCCUUCCUAGGCCCCCUCCCCCCCGGCGGGGGGUGGGGAGCAGAGAGGGCCCCGCCCCUCGCGCCCCCUCCUCAGGGCCAGCGCAGGAUGCCCCCGGCCCCUGGCAGCCCCCCGGGAGAUCCUGAGCUCGACGCGCCCCCUCUACGCCAUGUCCCCCCCUGGCUCGGCCGCGGGAGAGAGCGCCGGCGGCGGCGGCGGCGGCGGCGGCUCCGGGGUCCCGGAGGAGCCCAUGGCAGCGGCGGACGAGGGCCCCGCCCGAGAGGAGCAGCGUCCCAUCCAGCCCUCUUUCACCAAAUCUCUCUGCCGUGAGUCUCACUGGAAGUGCCUACUGCUCUCGCUGCUAAUGUAUGGCUGCCUGGGGGCAGUGGCUUGGUGCCACGUCACCACAGUGACCCGCCUCACCUUCAGCAGCGCCUACCAGGGCAAUAGCCUCAUGUACCAUGACAGCCCCUGUUCCAACGGCUAUGUCUACAUCCCCCUGGCCUUCCUGCUCAUGCUCUACGCUGUCUACCUGGUGGAGUGUUGGCACUGCCAAGCCCGCCACGAGCUACAGCACCGAGUGGACGUAAGCAGCGUUCAGGAGCGCGUGGGCCGGAUGCAACAGGCCACCCCCUGCAUCUGGUGGAAGGCCAUCAGUUAUCACUAUGUCCGACGAACUCGCCAGGUCACCCGAUACCGCAAUGGAGAUGCCUACACCACCACCCAGGUCUACCACGAGCGGGUGAACACACACGUGGCAGAGGCUGAGUUCGACUACGCGCGCUGUGGCGUCCGGGAUGUGUCCAAGACGCUGGUGGGGCUGGAGGGCGCGCCGGCCACGCGGCUGCGCUUCACCAAGUGCUUCAGCUUCGCCAGCGUGGAGGCUGAGAACGCGUACCUGUGCCAGCGCGCGCGCUUCUUUGCCGAGAACGAGGGCUUGGAUGACUACAUGGAGGCGCGAGAGGGCAUGCAUCUCAAGAACGUGGACUUUCGCGAGUUCAUGGUGGCUUUCCCCGACCCGGCUCGGCCGCCCUGGUACGCCUGCUCGUCGGCCUUCUGGGCCGCAGCCCUGCUCACGCUGUCGUGGCCGCUGCGCGUGUUGGCCGAGUACCGCACGGCGUAUGCGCACUACCACGUGGAGAAGCUCUUCGGUCUGGAGGGACCGGGCUCGGCCAGCAGUGCGGGCGGCGGCCUGAGUCCCAGCGACGAGCUGCUGCCCCCGCUCACGCAUCGCCUGCCGCGGGUCAACACGGUGGACAGCACCGAGCUCGAGUGGCACAUCCGUUCCAAUCAGCAGCUGGUACCCAGCUAUUCGGAGGUGUUGCUCAUGGACCUAGUGGAGCUGGGCUCGCGCUGCGGCGGGUCAGGGGGUGGCUACGUGCCCAGGUGUCGCUACGGAGGGGUUGGUGGCCCGGGCGCGGCGGGAGUGACCCCAAACUGGCGGAGCUGCGAGCACUGUCAGCGAGCGGUCAGCAGCUCGUCCAUCUUCUCGCGCAGCGCCCUGAGUAUCUGCGCCAGCCCGCGGGCCGCCCAGGGCCCCGGAGCGAGUGCGGGGUGCGGGGGCAGCCGCUUCUCGCUCAGCCGCCUCUACGGCUCCAGGCGCAGCUGCCUGUGGCGCAGCCGGAGCGGGAGUGUCAACGAGGCGAGCUGCCCCACGGAGCAGACGCGUCUGUCGAGCCAGGCCAGCAUGCGGGACAACGAGGACGACGACGACGAGGAGGAGGCCGGGCCACCGCCGCCCUACCACGACGCCCUCUGCUUUCCUGUCCUCAUCGUCCAUCGGCAGGAGGGGUGUCUGGGCCACAGCCACCGGUCACUGCACCGCCAUGGCUCCUGCGUGGAGACCUCACUGUGACCUCCUGCCUUUGGAGGGAGCCUGUGCCGGUCUCCUUCCUGCCUCUCCUGGUGUUGUGCUCCCUGUGUGUAGCAGGGGAAGGCAGGAUGGUGGCUAAGGCCAGGCAGGGUAUGAGGGAAGGCAGGAGGUGAGGGGCACGCUCAGACAAGACCUCAGUGUUCUGAGACUGCUUCCCUGUACACAGACGGGAUUGGCAGCUCUCUAAGAAUCCCAUCCACCGGGGCAGAGGUGGUUCUCUUCCGGUCCCCACCGAGUUACUGCGGGGGACACCUCCUUUUCCAUGCACACUCGAGAUUUCCCUCCCAGGCGUUCAUCAGUCUUGACUGUUAGUAUGUUGUGGGACCCGUUUCUGGCCUCCCCACCAAGGGAGCCGUCAUGAUGGGCAGCAAGAAAGGCAUUUGAAGCUUUUUUUUUUUUGCCCCGCCCUCCCCGUGAAGAGAGAGGGGCGGUGGUUUGGUGAAGAGCAGCAGAGUUGGCUCCCAACCAGCUAUUGUGUUCACCGGGUCUGAGGGUGGCGCCAGGUGGCACCCCAGUAUUCCUCUCCACACCUCUCAGGCGUUGCCGCCGCUGGGAAAGCUCGCGGUUCCCCUCUGCCAUACCGAUCACUGUUGUUUGUUUCACUGAGCCCCAGAGGUCCGGUCUGGAGGGACUUUUCAUCAUACCAAUGACGUCACUCACCUCGGGGCUUACUGGCUCUGAAGGGCUGUUUUCAGGGUGCAGGGCGAGGGAAGGGAGGCUGAGAGGGCACGGCAGGCCCUUUCUGGAAAAGACUCAGCCUCACAUCCAUCAGCUGCUUCCUCCCCCUGGGUUCUGGGUAGGUGCUUCCAUAAAGGAGGCUGAGGUGCCGUCUUGGAGGUCCUCAUUAAAGUCGGCCAGGGUGAGUGACCAAGUGGACAGAGCUUGAGACACACCUUGAUAUGAGACCUCAGGAGCAGAGUUGGUAAUGGUGGGCAGACUGGAACCAGCCCUGAAGAUGUAGCCACAGGCGUGCUGUAGCUUCCCCCCCCCCCCCCGCGCAGACGCUUUAAGAAGAAGGAUGCCCCUCACACAGGCCUCCGUAGAGCCGAGUCCAUCCCAAGCCCUAGAGAGAUACUCAUUUCCGGUGGCAGGAGUUCCGUUCUCGCCAGACCCUCCACUUCUUCCUAUCCUGUGAGUUGAAGCUCUAGGUCUUCAGAGGGGCGCCAUGCCACAGCCCCGGGGCACAAGCCCUUUGUCCUGUCCCUUUAAAGCCUUGACAUCAACUUUGCUCUCCCACUCCCUAUGCCCCCUCCACCCCAGUGUGCUUCAUUGUGCAUGUCUGUGUUUGGCCCCUUGCUCUCCCAGCUGCCCUGGCUGACGUUUUCCCAGCAGACUUAGUACCCAGGGAUUGGGCACACAUCCAUUCAAAUCUUCCUCCCUCUGCUUCUUGCUUUGCCUUCACCAUCCCAACUCCAUCUUUUUGGCUUCCCCUCUUCUUCCCGGCUGUGCCAGUCCUAUGCCAACCAAAGGGAGUGGCCCCUACCUAUGCAAAAUCUCCUCUGGCUCCCCUUCCCCUUUUCCCUGGGGGAUGUGGGAAGCCCUGUUGUGGGGAUGCCACCGUCUAAGGCUCAAACGGUUACACAGAGAUGAUUGAGGAGGGAGGGGUGUCAGAGAGGGAUAGGUAUGGGCAGAAGGGAUCAAUCAGCACAGCAGCCCGCUGGGUUUCCUGGACAACAGUGUCCACUGGCCUGCUAGCACUGAACCCUCCAGGACCCUGAGUUUGAUCUCCGUGUGUGCAUGUGUGUGUGCGUGCGCCUGUGCGUGUACUAUUGGGAGCACAGGUACUGAGUGAGCUGUGGCCUCAGGCCUCAGUUCUUGGCCAGCUGGCGUCUGAAUGUCUUGUUCUCAUUUAGGGGCAGCUUGGCCCUCUCACAGCUCCAAGGAGGGAAGAGCUUGGCUCAUCCUCCUUCAUUCUGGGUCCAGAAACCGAGCUUGGCCUUGGGAGAGGAGGAGGGGAAGCCCUGUUAUUUUUUUUUGCCUGACCAUUUCUGCCUAGGUCUCCUCACCCAGACAGCCUCACCUCCCACACACACGCACAGACUUAGAGAGAAAGCAAUUCUUUGGUCUCUUUUCUUGGUAGCUUUAUUGAUUGCCAGGGAAAAUGAAAACCAGAAAAUUAAUUAAUCUCUAAAAUUAAACUUUACACUGAAUGUUCUUGUUUCUCUAAUUAGAACCUCUGCUAGCAGCUGUGGAUACACACACACACACACACACACACACACACACACACAGAGAGAGAGCUACAGACACACACACACCCUCGCACCUACAUGUUUGCACUCUGGAACUGUCAGAGGGUGUCAGGUACAGAGGACUCUAGGUUGCCCGGACAGGCACACACAUAGUCGCUCCCAAGCCCCCUCUGGUGCUCUGCUCAGCACCUGCUUGUUGCAAAGAGUCCCUGAAGUGCAGGCCCCUUGCAGCUGCAGUCACCCAUCUUUGAGAUAGAUGGGCUCUGGGCCACUCAGCUCAAGGAGAGUUGGGAGAUGAAUUAGUCAGUCAGAUCCUCUCGUGAAUCCAUAGUUUUCGAUUCCUAUGGGUGUAGCCCCAGGGUGGGCAGUCACAACAUGGAAGGGACUCAAGGAGAGGGUACCUGGAAGACUGUAUGUCCUGAGGGUAAGGGCUUGUGGGGUGGGCUAGGCCUGGCUCGGGAGAAGACAGGUCUCUGUCACAUUGGGUGCAUCACACUGUGGCCUUUUUGUCAUGGAAUUCCAAGCGCAAAGAUUGUACAAAUCACACUGAUGGAUAAUAAAAGUGUGGAUGACUCACUGGUC